CCCAUGGGGAAAGAAAAGACCCAUAUCAACAUCGUGGUAAUUGGCCAUGUGGAUUCUGGGAAAUCUACGACCACCGGGCACCUCAUCUAUAAGUGUGGGGGCAUUGACAAACGAACCAUCGAGAAGUUUGAAAAGGAAGCGGCUGAGAUGGGAAAAGGCUCCUUCAAAUACGCCUGGGUGUUGGACAAGCUGAAAGCGGAGCGGGAACGCGGCAUCACCAUCGACAUUUCCCUGUGGAAGUUCGAGACCUCCAAAUACUACAUCACGAUCAUCGACGCCCCCGGCCAUAGGGACUUCAUCAAGAACAUGAUCACUGGAACGUCCCAGGCUGACUGCGCUGUGCUGAUCGUGGCAGCUGGUGUGGGUGAAUUUGAAGCUGGCAUCUCCAAGAACGGGCAGACCCGUGAACAUGCCCUGCUGGCCUACACCCUGGGCGUGAAGCAGCUCAUCGUGGGGGUGAACAAGAUGGACUCCACCGAGCCCCCGUACAACGACAAGCGCUACCAGGAGAUCACCAAGGAAGUGAGCGCCUACAUCAAGAAGAUUGGCUACAACCCGGCCACUGUGGCCUUUGUGCCCAUCUCUGGCUGGCACGGGGAUAACAUGCUGGAAGUCAGCACGAAAAUGUCAUGGUUCAAAGGCUGGAAAAUAACUAGGAAGGAAGGGACCGUUGCAGGGACAACUCUGAUGGACGCUCUGGAUUCCAUCAUACCUCCAUCCCGACCCACUGAUAAACCUCUCCGCCUGCCGCUACAGGAUGUUUAUAAGAUUGGUGGCAUUGGCACGGUCCCAGUAGGCAGGGUGGAAACUGGGGUCAUGAAGGCCGGCAUGGUGGUCACCUUUGCCCCCACCAACAUCACCACGGAAGUGAAGUCUGUAGAAAUGCACCACGAGGCACUGGCGGAGGCCUUGCCAGGUGACAACGUUGGGUUCAACGUCAAGAACGUGUCAGUGAAAGACGUCCGUCGUGGGAACGUGGCUGGGGACAGCAAGAAUGACCCCCCCAUGGAAGCGGGCAGCUUCACAGCCCAGGUUAUUGUACUGAACCACCCAGGGAGAAUUCAAGCUGGCUACUCUCCAGUGCUAGACUGUCACACGGCACACAUAUCUUGCAAGUUUGCCGAGCUGAGGGAGAAGAUUGACCGCAGGUCUGGCAAGAAGUUGGAGGAUAAUCCCAAAGAACUGAAGUCAGGAGACGCGGCCAUCAUCCAGAUGACCCCGGGUAAACCCAUGUGUGUGGAGAGCUUCUCGGACUACCCUCCACUUGGUCGUUUUGCUGUCCGUGACAUGAGGCAGACAGUGGCUGUGGGAGUCAUCAAGGCCGUGGAUAAGAAAGCCGGUGUGGCCAAAAUAACCAAGUCAGCAGUAAAAGCUGCCAAGAAGUAGAUGUCAAGCGGAACGCCGGGCAAAAGCGUGCUAGGAUCCUACUCGUGAGAAGCAACCUUGACUUAAAAAGACUGCUCACCGAGGGGACAGGAUCCGAU